AUGUCAACCCUCCGACAUCGAAUAGGCGGCGUCCUUCGAGAGACACCCUCACCAUCCCCAAGCCCCCGAGACCGUGUUCCCAAUAAUGGCGAAGAGGUACAAUUGGUACCGGUCUCAAAGCUGACAGGCCUGACGACUAAAAGAAGAAGCAAACGAAGAAGUUGGUUCAUAUUUGGCCUUGGAGGACUUGUCGGAAUAUGCUUAGCCCUGUUCUUUGCCAAUAGACAGGAAGUCAUCAAUCUGGAGGGUUUGAUAGACUUCAAUCUGGAGAGCUUCCUUGAUGUCAUUCCAGCCGGGAUUGUCAAGGACGCGCAGGAUAUCACAAAAGCAGAGCGUGAUGCUGUCAAUUACGAUUCUUUCUCCGUUGGCCUCCACCUGCAAGCCCAGGGAGUCAGUGCGCACCAUCCUGUUAUCAUGAUUCCUGGCGUCAUAUCGACCGGGCUCGAGUCAUGGGGUACUGGCGACAAGUCAAGACAAUAUUUCAGAAAGAGAUUAUGGGGUUCAUGGUCCAUGAUGCGGGCAUUGGUCCUCGACAAAGCAAGCUGGAAGCAACACAUCAUGCUUGACAAGACCACAGGGCUGGAUCCGCCUGGUAUCAAGUUGCGUGCUGCUCAGGGGUUUGAUGCCACAGACUUCUUCAUCACUGGUUAUUGGAUCUGGAACAAGAUCCUGGAGAACUUGGCCACGAUAGGAUACGACCCAACGAAUGCCUUUACGGCCGCCUACGACUGGCGACUCACGUACAUGAAUCUAGAAGUUCGUGAUCGGUAUUUCACGAAGCUCAAGUCUUACAUUGAAACUGCACAUAAGACCACCGGACGAAAGACAUGUCUGGUAUCUCAUUCUAUGGGCGGACAAGUCUUGUUCUAUUUCUUCAAGUGGGUCGAGAAUCCCCGGUAUGGCAACGGUGGGUCCGAUUGGGUUGACAAGCAUGUCGACAGCUGGAUCAACAUUUCGGGUUGCAUGUUGGGUGCUGCUAAGGGCGUUCCAGCGGUUUUGUCCGGGGAGAUGAAAGACACCGCUCAAUUGAAUGCCUUCGCUGUCUACGGCCUAGAGAAAUUCCUCAGCAAAGAAGAGCGAGCCUCAAUCUUUCGCGCGAUGCCGGGUAUCUCCUCAAUGCUUCCUAAAGGCGGCAAUGCCGUCUGGGGCAACAUGACCUGGGCGCCCGACGACGUCUCUUCCCCAACAAAAAACGCCAGCUACGGCCGCUUCCUCUCCUUUCAACAACCCAAGAACACCUCCCUCGUCCCACCCACCAACCUCACCAUCGAAGAAGCGCUCAACUACCUCUUUACCACCUCCGAAGACUGGUACUCCAACCAAGUCCAGCACGCCUACUCCCAUGGCAUUGCACACACAACCUCCCAAGUCGAAGCUAAUGAAAACAUUCCACGAACCUGGCUCAACCCGCUCGAAGCCCGCCUUCCACUAGCCCCGAACCUCAAAAUCUACUGCUUCUAUGGCAUCGGCAAGCCGACCGAACGCGGCUACUUCUACAAACACAGCACCAACCCCCUCCACCCCAACAUCAAUUUAACAAUCGACACCGCAUACACCUCCAACUCCGCAUCUCCGCAUUCCGACGCCGCAGCCGUCGACCAUGGCGUCAUCUUUGGCGAGGGCGAUGGAACCGUCAAUCUACUCUCAACGGGGUAUAUGUGUACGCACGGCUGGCGCAAAAUCAAGCGCUACAACCCGGCCAACGUGUCGAUCAAGACGUACGAGAUGCCGCAUGAGCCGGACCGGUUUAAUCCACGGGGCGGACCGAAUACGGGGGAUCAUGUGGAUAUCUUGGGCAGGAGUAGUCUAAAUGAUUUGAUCUUGCGGAUUGCCGGUGGCAAGGGCGAUCUGGUGGAGGAGAAUGUUGUCAGUAGGAUUAGGGAGAUUAGCGAGAGGGUUGGGAUUUGGAAUGAAGAGUGA